GGGCGCUCUCCGAGCCACACACACUGAGUGAGGCUCGGCACAGGCAGCACACACAAAGACAGCAAUCAUGUCCACUGGAGAUAAGGCCAAGACUUCUUCCCAGACUGACGGCAAGGCUGCUCAGAGCAAGAAGUCUGAGAUGGGAAUGAUGUCCUACAAGAUGUACGUGUUUGACCAGGAGAACUUCCAGGGUCGCAUGAUCGAGAUCGUCAAUGAGUGCAUGAACCUUUGUGAGAUGGGCAUGGACCGCGUGCGUUCCCUGCGCGUUGAGUGUGGACCUUUUGUUGGAUUUGAGCAGAUGAACUUCUGUGGUGAGAUGUACAUCCUGGAGAAGGGUGAGUAUCCCCGCUGGGACUCCUGGAGCAACUGCCAGAGGAAUGACUAUCUGCUGUCCUUCAGGCCUGUCAGAAUGGACCCUGAGAAGCACAAGAUCUGCCUGUAUGAGGUGGGGGAGUUCAAGGGCCGCAAGAUGGAGAUCAUGGAUGAUGAUGUUCCCAGCCUGUUCUCCUAUGGCUUCACAGACAGAGUGGGCAGCAUCAUGGUCAGCUGUGGAACAUGGGUGGGAUACCAGUUCCCUGGAUACCGCGGCAGCCAGUUCCUGCUGGAGAAGGGCGACUACAGGCACUUCAACGAGUAUGGUGCCCGCCACCCCCAGUUCCAGUCCGUGAGGCGUAUCCGUGACAUGCAGUGGCACCCACACGGCUGCUACACCAUGACCAGCAAGUGAGGCUCAGGAAAGGAGAGAAAGAGAAAGAGCGGAAGUGAGGGAGAGGGGCGGAGAAAGAGGGAACGGGGGAGAGAUGUCUAAGGUCUUCAUCUCAGUGGCUUUAGAGGGUCUGUGACUUAAUGGAGUAAAAGGAGAAGGUCUAUUUCCCUGAUCAGAGAUGAGACCUCUGUGGAACGACCAGCUGGACCAGUAAAACCACCAGAUCCACCCUCCAUCCCUCUCUGUCUCUACUUUUCUCUUUCUCCCCUCUGGGCUGCACUUUGUUUCCCCCCUUUUUCUUCCUUUUUUAAAAACUCUCAGUUCAACCCCCCUCCACAGUCCUCUGAGACACCAAAGAGGAAACUCAGUAUCUCUUGCUGUUUUACACACAUGAUUCUCAGCUCCCCCUGGAGCACCCCCGGCCUCCUCUUGCCCCUGUGCUUUACCAACCCUCUCAGCUGUACAGAAUCUUGGCCAAGUUUUCAAUAAAAAGAAAAACCUUGAUUUCAAA